AUGGAGGAAGUCGUGGCUGUUGCUGCUACUCCUCCUGCGGAACCCAUGGAGACCGAUACCCCAGUCCAGCCUGUCCCUGAUGUAAUGCAUCUGGGCUCUGCAACAACAGAAAGUCAAGAGAAAGUACUUGAAGAGAAAGUCUACGAAUGGAAGAUUGAAUCCUUUUCUAGUCUGAGACAGUUUGAACGUACUCAUUCCGAUGAGUUUGAAUGUUAUAAAAGUAAAUGGCGGAUCUUACUAUUCCCAAAUGGCAAUCGUCAAACAGAACAACUAUCAGUCUUCUUGGAGUCUGUCGAUGCUCCAUUACAAGACAAGAAAUCUUCAUGGCACAUGUGUGUCGAGUUUUCUCUAGCUGUUGCUAACCUAGAGGACGAUACCAUUUACAAACAUCAAUCUGCACGAAUGAGAUUCAAUCCUACAGAAACGGAUUGGGGUUUCAAUCAAAUGGUCAAGUUUGCUCAAUUGACAAUCCCAAUUGAAAAUUUCGCAAAGCCAAUCUUGGAAAAUGACAAAAUGAGAAUCGUAGUCUACAUGAGAGUUGUCGAAGAUCCUACUGGUGUUUUAUGGCACAACUUUAUUGAUUAUGAUUCGAAGAAGGAAACAGGCUUUGUAGGUUUACAUAAUCAAGGAGCAACGUGCUAUAUGAACUCAUUGUUGCAAUCGCUUUACUUUACCAACUAUUUCCGAAAGGCCACAUAUGCCAUUCCAACUGAUAGCGAUGAACCUCAAAAAUCCAUUCCACUUGCAUUACAACGUGUAUUCUACAACCUCCAAUUCUCAGAUCAACCUGUCGGGACCAUCGAAUUAACCAAGUCCUUCGGUUGGGAUGCUUUGGAUUCAUUCAUGCAACAUGACGUACAAGAGUUCAAUCGUGUGUUGCAGGAUAAUUUGGAGUCCAAGAUGAAGGGCACUCAAGCUGAAGGAGCCAUAACGAGACUAUUCGUAGGCAAAAUGAAGAGUUACAUUAAAUGUAUAGAUGUACAAUUUGAGUCAUCUCGAGUCGAAGACUACUACGAUGUACAACUCAAUGUCAAGGGAUGUAAGAACUUACAAGAAUCAUUUGAUAAUUAUGUAUCUGUUGAAACUAUGGACGGAGAAAACAAGUAUGCUGCUGAAGGAUACGGUCUACAAGAUGCUCGCAAAGGUGUCAUAUUCAAGAGUUUCCCUCCUGUCCUCCAUCUUCAGUUGAAGCGUUUUGAAUAUGAUAUGCAAAAGGACGCCUUGGUCAAGAUUAAUGACCGUCAUGAAUUCCCACUGGAAAUUGAUUUGGAUCAAUAUUUGUCUGCCGAUGACGCAGAUGUUGAUCGUACAAUUCGUCAACAUUAUCAUUUGCAUGGUGUUUUGGUUCACACUGGUGACGUCCACGGCGGUCACUACUGUGCCUACCUACGUCCACAAAAGCUAGGCAAAUGGUAUAAAUUCGACGAUGAUCGAGUAGUCCCCGUACAACAAAAGGAAGUACUUGAUGAGAACUAUGGUGGUGAAUCAGGUCCCACACGAACAGGUGGCAACAAUCGAAUGCUCAAGCGAUUAACGAAUGCAUACAUGUUGGUCUAUAUUCGUGAACAGAAUCUUGAUGAGAUGUUGUCUGAGGUUACUGAGAACGAUAUCCCGUCUCAUUUACGUCAAAGACUCGAACAAGAACGAAUGAUUGCUGAGCAAAAGAGGAAGGAGAAGGAAGAAGCUCACUUGUUCAUGUCUGUGAAGAUCUUGACAGAUACAGAUGCCAGAAACCACGAUGCAUUCGACUUGUGUAAUUUCGAUGACAAGUCACAUGCUUUAUCAAAUCUGACUACUCAUAAAGUGCGCAAGGACGAGAUAUUUUCGAAGUUCAAGGCAUUGCUCUGUCAUCAAAUGAAUCUUGCACCAGAGCAAGUCAGGUUAUGGACUAUGGUCGGUCGACAAAACAAGACCGUUCGACCUGAUGCUCCUAUCGCAGAGACUGAAUACGAUAAGACUCUGGAAGCUAUCAGAGAAAAGUAUUCCAAGACUCAACCUGAACUUCGAUUGUACCUUGAGCAACCUGAUCCUGAAUUGUUGCUUACUAGUCCCAAGGGACCAUACUUUAUGCCAAAAGAAGAUAAAGAAAAUGGUCAGAUUAUCAUCUUUUUGAAGUUUUACGAUCCCAAGAAGCAGAAGAUUGAGUAUGCUGGCAAACUGACUGUGAAAUCACGAACCAUGAAGAUAUCAGAUGUCUUACCCAUCAUGGCUGAACGUGUCGACUUGCCACCGAACACACCGCUGAAACUAUUUGAGGAAGUCAAACCAACCAUGAUUGAUCCAUUGAAGUUCAAACAGAGCUUUGCCCAAGCCGAGUUGGGUGAUGGAGAUAUCAUCUGUUAUCAAAAGGAGGUUACUGAUCAAGAGAUGCUAGAAUUACCGGACCAAAAUCUAGCACACGCCCCAGCAUAUUUCGACGCCAUUCUCAAUCGCAUCACAGUCGCAUUCCGACCCAAGACGGUUGGAAAAGAUGUACCUUCCAUGAAGGAUGCCAAAGAUCGUGGACCAGGCGACUUUGAACUAGUGCUAUCCAAGAAAAUGGCCUAUGACUUGGUAGCACAAGCUGUAGCCGACAAAUUAGGACGUAUGGAUCCCAUGAAAAUACGUUUUUCCAGCAAUGCAGCAACCUCAUCACCCAAACAAGUAAUCAAACGACAAGCAAACAUGACACUUCAAGAAAUGAUUCCACCACAAUAUCAAUCGCAGAUAACACCCAUCCUUUUUUACGAAAUCCUUGAUAUCUCUAUUACCGAACUAGAAACAAAACGAUAUAUAAAAGUGUGUGUGCUUGAUCGCUCCAUGAAGGAGCUUGCUACACAUGAUGUGCUGUUACUCAAGACCGCGAAUGUGUCUGACUUGUUGGAGGUCUUGAAGGCUAAGAUCAAACUUGAUGAUAAGGUCAAAGUUGACGAAGGGUCGUUGAGGCUGUAUGAGGUUACGGCUCAUAAGAUUCAUAAGAUGUUUGCGAAUGAGGAUUUACUGAGUAGUAUUGUUGAGUAUUCGUAUAUUUAUGCAGAGGAAACACCUCUAGAUGAACUGCGAAUGGCAGAAGGUGAUAAGAUUGUCAAUGCCUUCCAUUUCAGCAAGGACUUGGCACGAGCACAUAGUAUUCCAUUCAGAUUCGUGCUCAGAGCUGGAGAAAUGUUCAGUGCAACCAAAGCACGAUUGCAAGCUCGCAUCGGUAUGAACGACAAGGACUUUGCCAAAGCCAAAGUUGUGUAUGUUGGAACUGGUACCUUCCCUAAAAUGACUCCUGUCGAAGAUGGUGACAUUCUAUGUGACAAAGACUAUGAAAAGGGUGAAUGCAUUGCUAUAGAUCAUAUCGACAAGUCACGAAAUGCACGAUCAGGCACGUUCGAAAAGGCAAUCAAGAUUUUUGGUUGA